UCGUGUUUUGACUUACCGACGAAACGACUACGACGUUUUCGAUUAAAAGAUUUACCGAUUGAACAGUUCAAAAUUUCAACUUAAAGCUCGCGAUCGACUCAAUUUCGCUUCAAAAGCUCGCUAUCGCGAUUUAAUCGCGAAAUUAAGAUUCGACAAUUUGAGGUUAUGCGAAGGAGGUGAUGACUUCAACCCGACGGAAUAAAUCGGAAACGAACAGUUUCGAAUUGGUGUUAAACGAAAACGAAUCAUUAAUCGGUGAGAAAGACGAUUUACAAGUCGAUUUGCAAAAUAUAAUUUGUGGUGGCAACACUGUUUUGUUGGACGGAAAUCAAUACUAUAUUCAUUCCAAUGAAGUUGAAGCGGUUAUUUUGAAUCCUGAUGAAGGAAAUAACGCGAUUCAAGAUGUUUAUAUCAAAGAUAACGAGGAAGAACCGAUUCAAUUCGUCCAAGAGGAGAUUGAAAGUAAUUCUAACCUCAUUUAUUCUGUUGGAGGUAAACGAUUAAAGCUAGAAAAUGGGAAGAUAUUUAAUUUGGAGGGAAUACAGCAAUUCACCGAUGAAUUGGGGAUUUUAAACCAAGUUAGUGGAAGGGAAAGUUCGGUUCAAUAUGCUGUAAUAAAAGAUGGGCAACUUCAUUUGCAACUUUCUGAAGAUGAUUCAGUUGAAAUUUUGAACGAAAAUGAUUUCAAAGCGCUAAAAAAGCCAAAAAGUUAUUUUAAUUUGAUCGAAUCGCCAUCAGUUAUCUUUAACACUGAAAAUCAAAUCAAUUUUAUUAAACCGGAUGAUAACAUCCAAGUGAUUUUCGAUGAUGAUUUAUUAAAAGGGGAUCAAAAUUUAAUCAACCAAGAAGAAAUCAUCCCAAAGGAAGAAUCAAAUAACUUUUUGAACCAAAAAUUCACAAUCGGGCGAAAACCCAAUGGAAAAUGUCUCGUUGGGCGAAUUUUAAACAUUCAAACCCCUCAAAAUCAACCGGAUCAUUUUAGAAUCGAUUUUAAUACGGGCGAUAUCGAAAAUGUUCUCAACGAAGCCGAAAUUAAUCAAAAUCAAAUUGAUUUUAUUUCAAAAACGUUAAACGGUCUCGCCGAAUUACCCACUUUACAAAAAAAAUUGUUAAACACGAAUUUACAGGUUAAAUUAAUCGAGAAAAUCGUCGAUAAUCAAAAGAAAACGAUCAAAAAGAACGAAUUUUACGGCGUUUUAAUCGAAUAUGUAAAUGAGAAUAACGAAAAGUUUUAUCGGUUUAAUUUAGGAACUAAUUUGGGGUUUGAUCAAAAAACUUCGCUAAUUAUUGCGUUAAAUAUAACGAAAUUGGGUGAUAAAGAAAAGGUGUCGACGAAAGUUACGUUUUUGGAUGAAAAGAUUGAGAAAUCUUCGCCGUUUGUGUGCGGGAUUUGCUCGAAAAGUUUUAAAAAUCAAAAUUUGUUGUUAAAGCAUGCCUCUAAUGACCAUUUGGAACAAUUUCCGUUUGAUUUAAACGGUAAAAUGAAGUCGGGGAAUGAAAAGAGCGAUUUGUUUUUUGUUUGUUUUCAAUGCACGAUGAAUUUUAAAUCGAUUUCUGAGUUGAAUGAGCAUAAAAAGAGGGUUCAUGGGUCCGGAAGUGAUAAAUUUUUUUAUUGCGAAACUUGCGGGAGGCAAUUUUCAAGACAUUCUAAUUUAAUUCGGCACGAAGUUAUUCAUAAUGGAGAGGGGAAUUUGUAUAAUUGUACGAUUUGUGGGUCGAGUUAUAAAUUUGUUAGUUCUUUAACCAGGCAUAUUGUACAAAAUCAUGUUGGUAAAAGUUAAGUGAGAUUUAUUAUUGUAUUUAUCAUUAAUUUUUUUAUGUAAGAUUAAUUUAUACAGAUUUAUGUAUUA